AUGUGUCGAGUCGACCAGUCUAUCUGUGUCGUGUGCGACUACCAGGCUCGAUACCGCUUCCGUGCCUGCAACACCUGGGCACGCACCCAGUUUGACCGCCACCCCAGUAACGAUAAGUUCGCCCCUCAGGAGCGUUAUGAUGUCGAUCGCGAGUUCAAGCCGGGAACUUGCUUCAACUGCGAAUGGUUCGUGCGGUACAACGUCAACAAGCCGUAUGUCUGCGACCACUGCAUCUACGAGGCGAGCGUGAUCCGCCACGCUCGCAACGUUAAGGCGUACAGCGAUCUCCUGCUCCACAUUGCGGGCAGACGCGAGGAGCGCCGACUGAACCGGGAGUGGUACAAGCACGAGUCCAUCCGGUCAGCCAUCACCAAGGCCUUGCUAGAAGAAGACGGCGACCUCCAGCUCGAGCUCGUGAACAACAUCCCCCAGGACAUCAUCGAGGCCGCUGAGCAGAACAACCAGGCGGGCUCCCCGGCGCUCGAAUUCCUGGGAAAGUAUCUCGCGCACUUCUGGGAGACCGAGGACGCCGGCUUCUUCGAGAUGCGGGCCGCGGACACCGACAUCUCGUGGGUCACGGUGCGGCAGCCGCAGUGCCCGCUGUGCAGCGACAUGCGCCCGGACAUCAUCGGCCACCGGCCCGAGUUCAAGUUCGAGCCUAACGCGGCGGCCUGGCGCCUCUUGCAGCAGGACCGCAAGCGCGCGUCCGAGUGCGAGAUGUCGUGCCGAGUGCACCUCGGAACCUUCCCUGAGCCCUGCGCCCGCUGCGCCGAACGCGAGCAGCUGCUCCGCUACGAGAUCGAGGACGAGAUUAAGCGUACGACUAGCUUUGGUUGGAUCCCUAAGCUCUUCGAUUGGAUCAAGAAGCGGUCGCGCAACUCGUAUCUCGAGGAUACCGCCGCCAACGGCCCCUGGAAGCGCGGCUCGAUGGUCCCGCCGGCGACGGCGGACGAUGCGCUGCUGCUGAGUCCCAUUGCACGCAACAAUGCCGUGGUCGAGGCCCACAAUAUGAUGGCGGAAAAGUGGAAGCAGGAAACCAGUUCCUUCUGGAGAGAUACCGCCGUCCAGUCGAGAUCCGUCCAGCUGAUUAGGGCAAGCGAAGACAACGACGUUGAGAUGGCUAGCAGUGGCGGCGGCGGCGGCGGCGUCGCCUACAGUAUCAUUAGCGCCAGCGCUUAUAGCGACGACACGAGUAUCCGUAGCGGCGCUCCUCUUGUUGGAUCACGGGCGCUCUGCAUUUCAAAUCAGGAGCAGUGA